AUGGCGAUUGAUAUCUCUAAAUGCUUACUUUAUUGGGGUUUAGACAAGGUGUUCACCAUUACUGUUGAUAAUGUAAGUUCAAUUGAUAUAACUGUGAAAGAAUUAUCUAAACAGUUAAGUAACUGGGGAACGAACAUGAUGGAUGAUGGUCUGAAAGAAAUUGGUGAUUCUAUCAAACGUGUUAGACAAGCCAUGAGAUAUAUUAGACAAUCUCCUACAAGGAUUAAGAAGUUUAAGGACAGUUGUGAAAUGGCAAAUAUAACAUGUAAGAAAAUCUUAUGUUUGGAUGUUUCUACAAGAUGGAAUUCUACUUACUUGAUGCAUGCAUUUGAGAGGUAUAAGCUCGUUGAUCAUGGAUUAGUUAAUUAUCUUAUUAUCCAUGUUUGUGAAGAUGGAAAUUGUGGAGGUUCACUUGUGAGUGAUGAUUGGAAUAAUGGAAGGAACUUGGUUAAGUUUCUUGAUACUUUUUAUGAGCUUACUUUGAAAAUCUCGGAUUCACUCUACGUCACUUUUAAUGUUCACUUUUCUGAAAUUUCCAAGCUUUCUUGUAUGUUGACAGGGUUGGUAGCAAGUGAGGAUAUUGAGUUGCAACCAACGGCAGUGCGAAUGAAAGAAAAAUUUGACAAAUAUUGGGGUGAACCAAAAAAAAUAAUUUUUAUUGCAUGUGUUUUGGAUCCUCGUAACAAGAUUGGAUUCGUUGAAUUUGCAUUUGAGGAGAUGUUUGGUAAAGAAAAAGUGGGAGAAAUAGAAAAAGAUGUGAUAAAGUUUCCUAUUCUUGCUGAGAUGGCUCGCGAUGUCUUAGCAAUUUCCAUUUCUAGCAUAGCGUCAGAAUGUGCAUUUAGCACUAGAGGUCGCAUUCUUGAUUCAUUUAGGAGUUCAUUGAUCCCUAGAUUGGUGCAAGGUCUUAUUUGUGUUCAAGAUUGGCUUCGAAGUGAAACUUUUCCUAUUAACAUCGAGGAAGACUUGGAUUAUCUUGAGCAGAUUGAGAAUGGUUUAAUCAUGCCUCGACUUCAAGGUCCUAAAGUUCGAUCACCUGUUUGGAAUCACUAUGAAAAGUUUGAAGAAACUGAUGAUGGAUGGUGCAAACUGAGAUGCAUUCAUUGUGGUUGUGUUUUUCGUAACCAUGCGAGGGGUUGUGGCACUAAAUCCCUAAUUAAACAUGUUAGUUGCUGUUUGAAUCGCAUUGAGCCUAUCAGGAUUGAGUAA